AUGCAAGAUUGCUCCACCUCCAUUCAGGGAAUAGGGCUUGAACAGUGUUUGGAUCAAGGUAAUAGCAACUCCAACACCAUUGACAAUUGCUGCACAGCCCUCCAACACGCACUUGAAAUUGGAUUCAACUGCUUGUGCUUCCUACUAGCAUCCACCACUCCUCUCCUCACCACACCACUUGUAUUGCCCUUGUCCAAAUACUGUUACGUAACGCUACCUCCAUUAACUAAGUGUCGAGGUCUUGUACGUCCGGUGCCACCACUAAAGCCACCGGCAAGUCCAAUGCCAAUGCCAAUGCCAGUACUACUUCCACCAGAUAUUGUGAAGGAUGAUCAGCCGCAAACUUCUGCUCCGACUGGUUUGGUUGUGCCCACGCCACCACGAGAGGUCCAGAUUCCGGUGAAUUCCCCGACUCCAUCACAUGAAAAUUCUACCAUGGUUCCAUGGCAGCCACAUCUAAGCGCCAAUUCUGUUCCUGAUUUGAGCAGUGUGUUCACGAGUGGGAAUGUGACAUCACAUGGAGGACACAACACUAAGAUUUUGUUACAUUUGAGCUUCUUCCUCGCAGGAAUGUACUUUUUAUGCUUGUAG